AUGGAGUCCAACCACCGCAACCGCCCUCGACAUGUCGCCAUGAGAGACGACCGCAGACCAGGCGAUGAGCGCAGAGACCGAGGUAGAGCUGGUCGAGAAGUGAUACGCUGCCGCAGAUCUCCCUCGCCUCCCCCACGUCGACCUCGGGAAGCCGACAGAGUGCCAGACAGCAAACCUCGCGACCCUCCCCCCGACAAGUUACAGCCUUCUGGCCGAAACCACCACAGACCACGCGACCGUAGCAGAGGCCGACCCCAUCCAACAUCACCUUCGCCUAUCCGUCGCAAUAAGUACCGGGAAGAGUCUCGUGAUCGAUCUCGUGGCAGGGUCGCUGGUGAUUCGCGGCGCGACACCCGAGCCAAGCACCAUCGAGACCGUAGCCGGGGAUUUACUCGAGGCGACGGCCCUACAUCACCAUCCUUCAAGCGGGCAAGAAGUCGAAGUUUCGACAGGUCUGCUGCAGACGGAAAAAAGGUCAGACGGGACAUUAGCCCGCGUCGUGACCACAAGGAGGUAGUACCCCCUGCAGACGCCGGUCGGAGUUCACGAGGCUCUCCUCAUCCAUCCCGAAGAUCACUUACCCCCGAUCGCCGCGAAUACCGAUCGAAACACAAGGAAAGAACUCGUCGGAGUAAUCGAAGUAAGUCGCGCUCGCCCAAUAGGGAGAGGAGACGGGACCGUCGUGAUCACUCCCCAAAGCACAGCCGCGAGCAGUCGUCUGGCCGAAGGCGGGAUCGAUCUCCCCUCCCCCAUCGACAACGGUCCCCCGCCAGACAGUCCUCAACAUCCGCGAGGGGUGGCCAUCGUCUGGCAUCGCCGCGUCGCAGCUCCAAAGACCAGCCGCACUACAAGCCGCCCCAGUCCGGAGCCUCGUCCAGGUCCCUUAGUAGGGGAUCAGGCAGACGGGCUCCACAAGGCGACGAUUCCCAAGCUCCUCCAAAGUCUCAACCUUCAUCCGGCGCCAACAGCGUGGAGGUCAGCAUGAGCGGUAGAGGGAACCACCGGGAGAGCUUUGCGUCUCAAAUACCCCCUGCAUUGUCCCACGGCCGGCAGUACAGCGACCCACGACAAUUUUCCCAGUCCCCGCAACCAACUCCAAACUCCUUCAACGCGUCCCCGAACCAGUCGCCGUACGGCGGUAGCAGGGGAAAUUGGGGGUCUCAGCAGUUCUCCCCAACACACCAAUACCCCCCGCAGUAUCCACAAUCCAACUACGGUCCUCCAACAGGACCGUCCGGCUCCUAUACACCAAAUCCAUCCUACUCACCACCACCGUCCGCCCCAACAGGACCAAUGCAACAGUAUCAAGGGAGCUUCCGCGGUAACUACCGUAGUGGCACCACGUUCCGAGGAGCCCAGUUCGGCCAGGGUCGAGGUGGCUACAGAGGAAAUAGCUUCAAGAGUACUGUACAAUGGACAUCCAAUGCUUCCAGCGCCGGCUCUCGGCAGCUGGAUGAUACGAAGUCUCAGCGGUCGACCACUCCCGUCCAAGGCAACAAAUCGGAUGCUGGCGAACAUGCAGACGAGGGCGAGAACCCGUUCCGCCCCUCAAAAGAUUUGCAAGUUGAGGACGUCACACCGUCCGACAAGGCUAGCGAGAGCAAUGCACCACAUCCGAACAGGGCCCCUCCGUCUGGUCCGGCCACUCAGUCGUCGUCGUCGUCGUCGAAGUUUAGCUUUGCGUUUAAGGCAUCUGCAAAGCCUGCUCCGACGGCACCUAAGCCUGAGAUAUCUCAGAAGUUCAACGCCGCCCCUUCUAAGCGGGAUGCUUCCCAACAUCGCGAAUCCAAGGAUGGGGAUCGUGACCGUGAUCGGGAACGAGACCGAGAACGGGAACGAGACCGAGACAGGAAUCGUGAUCGUGAUCGUGACCGGGACCGCGACCGUGACCGAGACAGGGCUCGGGACAAGGCUCGGGAGAAGGACAAAGGACUUGACAGGGACGUUCUUCGGGGCGCUCCAACUGAACCCGCUUCGGCCAGAGCUCGCCAGGAGCCGCGACAACCUCCUCCAGGCCCGCGACAGCCGCCGGGUCCGAGAAUGCGAAAAAUCAGGAAGACCAUGAAACGCCUGAAGCCAGGACCAAAGCUACCCGACGAUUUGAUCAAGUCAGAAUCGGUUUACUUCCGGAAGCCCGGCAACGAAUCUGUUGUUGGCUCCGGCACGUACGGAAAAGUUUUCAAGGCCUUGCACGUCUACACGAAAGGUCUGGUGGCCCUGAAGCGCAUCCGCAUGGAAGGCGAAAGAGACGGUUUUCCCGUUACGGCGGUUCGAGAGAUCAAGUUGCUUCAAUCGCUCCGCCACACCAACAUCGUCCAGCUUCAGGAGGUCAUGGUCGAGAGAAACGACUGUUUCAUGGUUUUUGAGUACCUGUCCCACGACUUAACGGGAAUUCUGAACCAUCCGUCCUUCACGCUAGAUGCGGCCCAAAAGAAGCAUAUGGCAAUGCAACUUUUCGACGGCCUCGACUACUUGCACAAGAGAGGUGUUCUCCAUCGAGACAUCAAAGCUGCAAACAUUCUUGUCAGCAGCGACGGUGUUCUCAAAUUGGCAGACUUCGGCCUGGCACGCUUCUAUGCCAAGAGACACCAACUGGAUUACACCAAUCGAGUCAUCACGAUUUGGUACCGGUCGCCUGAGCUGCUUCUUGGCGAGACUCAGUACGGUCCUGCUUGCGAUGUCUGGAGCGCCGCCUGCGUCAUGGUGGAGAUCUUCACUCGCCAUGCCAUCUUUCCAGGCGACGGUAGCGAGAUCAACCAAUUGGACAAGAUCUACGCCGUGAUGGGCACUCCGAACAAGGCGGAAUGGCCUGGACUGAUCGAUAUGCCGUGGUUUGAGCUGCUGCGUCCUGGGUACCGGCGGGCAAACACUUUCCCUUCCAAAUACCAGGACAAGAUUCCGGCCGCAGCGUACCGACUGUUGGCUGCCAUGUUCCGCUACGACCCCGCCAAAAGACCAUCGGCUGCCGAUGUUCUGGCUGAUGAAUACUUCACCACCGAAGACCCUCCUCCGCGACAGGCUAUAGAACUUGCCGAAUUGGAUGGUGACUGGCACGAAUUCGAGUCCAAGGCGCUGCGGCGUGAGAACGAGCGUAAGGAGAAAGAGGCGCGGCGCGCGGCGUCGUCUGCGAAGGACAACAAGUCCCGAGAUCGCAAGAGAGAACCCGAAGCUCACGAUGACCGCGGCGACGCUAAGAGAGUCCAUGUGGAGGGGAGGCCGGUGGUUCCUGCAGAGCGUUCAAAGGCCUAG